UGCUGUCAGUUUGGGGAAGGUGCUCCGACCGCGCCUGCGCAGGACGCGGCGCUGCCAUGGCAACAGGAGAAGCUUGAGAAGAAGGAGAGCAGCUGCUGUUCACCUGCCCGCCAUGACAGUCCGCUUCAAGUGUGUGAGUGAGUACCAGAAAAGCUACAGGCUUCCUCGCUCCAGAAGUGUGUCUCCUCAGCGCAGCGUCCCAUUGGCCGGCCGCACAGGUGCGAGGAGAGCAGGGUCACAGUGGCCGAGUGCUUCAGGUUAUCAAGAAGAGGCAGCGCCUCCUGCUGGCCCUCGCAGCCACUCAGCCCAGCAGGAGGUGUCUUCCCUGGACCCAGAACCUCCUACACCUCCUGGAGAACCUGGAGAACCUGAAAAGCCCCGCCUCUCUCCUGACACCCAACCAGGAGCCAGGAGCCCCUUGAAGGCAGUUGAUGGACAGCAGCCGCUGGCCAAUGGGGUCCAGCAUGCCCUGCGAUUUAAGGCGGGGCUUGACUUAGGAGGUCAAAGGUCAGAGUACCACCGACAGUUCAGCUGGAAGAAACUUGCAACACCUGCCUCACCUGUGCUGACCGCACAGCAGGUGCUCUACUCCAGCAGCCGCUUUGUCCCCCCCUUUAAGAAACACCCCGUCUCCAUGGAAACAGAAUACAGGCACAGCUUCCUGGAUUUGGCCCCUCCCACAGGACACCGCCUCCGGAAACACCUGGAACAUCAGAGAGUCCCUCUGUUCCACACACACACGAGCAACAGGAAGAGGAGGGAGGAGCCAGAGGAAAGGCUCCGCCCACAACAACAAGAUCAGAGCGAGGACACGCGGUCACCACAGAAGGCCACGCCCCCUCCCCAGAGUCAGGGUGGACGCAGGGAUAAGACAGAGUAUCAGGCGAGGUUUCGCUCUCCUCUCCUCAGGAUCCAUGAAAGAGGCGGAGUCACGGAGAGCCCCGCCCAGCAGGACAGUGAGCUCAGUGAUCACAGCUGUUCCUGGAUCAGUGAGCUGCAGCAGCGGCGGCGGCAGGCUCUGAUGUACCGCAGCCGGGCGUGGGGGCUGCACUUCAGCAGAGCUCACCUGAGCCAGCUGCUGUCUGAACACAACGCUCUGUGGGAGCCCGUCGACACCACCGACCCCCCCUCCCCCCGCCUGACCUCUGACCUCUGCAGCCACGCCCUCCAUGACCCCGACGCACACAGCACUUCCUGUGUGGAGGCGCUGGACCUGGCCAGCAACUGUAGUAGUGCCAGCAAGAGGACUUCCGUAGGUGGAGCAGGCGAUGCACACACACAACACACACUCUCAGACACACACACAGAGCCCGGAGCUCCUGCUGACAGACGUCUGGCCUGGGGAGAGGAGCACCUGGACAGUGAGGAAGGCAGGUUACCCACUCCCAGGCUGAAGAUGCAACCAUUUAAAAGAACACACCACGACCGGACGACGCCCGCCACCGGUGGCGCCUUGCUGGUGGGGAGGACAGACACUGCAUCUGCACACAGAGCACAGAGGACUGGACUGGCUGUUUCCAUGACAACGGGUGCGAAGGCUGUGGACAGCCCACAGCCCAGACAGGAGGAGGCGUGUCCAGACAACAGCCCCUCCCCCAACCACAAACCACCUCCCAGCCCUCCAUCGAAACCAAUCAGGACAAAGCAAAGACCUUCAACCCCGCCCCCUCUGGCCCCGCCCCCUCCACACCGCAUACAGGGAACUAUGCGACACCCAGACUUCCAACACAAUGGUGAGUUGGGCUCGAGGUUCAGGGAGCUGCAGUGUUCAGGAGGAGGCUGUGGUUCUGAUGAAGACGGCCGGCUGUCUGUGAUGUCAUGUCAUGCCGUUCGGCUGCCUCCUGCUCGGUGGCGUCUGCCGUCUUGGAGCGCGCUGAGAAGAGACGGGCCGACUUCUGGGGGAAGAGAUGACCCCUGACCCCGUCGUCAUGGAAACGAGCUUGUUGCGUAGUGCUGAUUGGUUAGUUAGAGGAGCCUGUGCUUGUAGACGGCAGUGAUGAUGUCAUUAGAGAUGUCCAGGUGUUGCUCUCGCUCUGUUAGAGGUGUGAUGUCAUGUAGCUGCUUUACUGUAGAGGGGACGGACACGCCCACAUUUGACUGACAGGUGACGCCUGGGAAGAAACCAGCUCUCACGCUCUGGUGGUCAAACUGACG